GCCCCACGCCCCUCGAGAGGCUCGGCGCGGGGUCAGCACUGGCCGACCUCCCUCCGCGCGGGGCCUGGCCUGGCCUCGGAGGACCAAGGGGGCGGCGGCCGCCCGCGGCGGCCCCGCCGGCGGCAGCGCCCCCCGGGAAGGCGUUGGGGCCCCCCAAGUCGGCGAUGUCGUGGAGGGCGCCGUCUCCUGGAACAAUCGGAACGGGCGAGUCGAGGUGGAGCUGUUCCGCGGCGCAGGCAGUCCGCAGCAGUGGACGGCUGUCGUGAAAGGGAGCAAAGAGGAUUUAAGUUUGCUGAGAUUCAACGAGCACCUGCGUGGACUCGAGGUCGAGAGUGUGGACGCCCAGAAGCUGAAAGUUGUCGCGUCUAUGCCCGGCUUGUCCGAGCUCGUUGGCGGCAGAAGUUAUAUAAGGCUGGAGGAUUUGAAGGAGGGUGAUUAUAUAGACGGUGUAGUAAAGUUAGUAUUGCCAAACGGUGGCGCGAUCAUCGACGUCGGCGCGAAGGUUGAUGCCCUCCUGGUGGGUUCCACCAACGUCACGAAGCUGUUAUACCGGUGCGACGAGCUCCACAACAUGUCGGUGCUCGAAGUGUUUCCAGAGUCACAGAAGCUCUAUGUAUUCUUGAAAGAGCCGGCCGGUGCAGUCGCAGCCAGGGCCAUCACUUCGAAGGAGGUGAAGAUAGGCAGCGUGAUCCGCCGUGGCAGGGUGAUAGAUAGGCAGCCCAUCGGCGUGUGGGUAGACAUCCACGCCGAGAGGUGGGCGUUUCUGGACGAGCCCCCCGAGCUCGCCUUCCGGCUCGAUUACCGCGAGGACCAGAGGUGAUGGACGUUGUUGUCGAGGGCGUCAACCGCAACACCGGCGUCGCGGACGUGAAGAUCCGCGAUCUGGCGCGCAAGGUGCAGGGGAGGCCCGAGCCCGUCGACGGGCCCUCGCCUCCGCGGGCCCUGCCCUCGUCGCAGGCUGCGGCCAGGGGCCCGGCCUCCUCGGG